AUGUCUUCUCCCAACCGCUUUGCUGGCAUUCCCCCCCUCCCUACCCACGAUCUCCUCUCUGCCCACCUUGUCCCCUCCCCUCUGCCAACCUACCCAUCCGAACCACUGCAAAGGUCCAUCAUUCCUCCUUCCCUCCCCCCUCCCCACCCCAAUCUCUACCAACCUUCUUACUCCCUCGCUGCCAACGUUCCCCUCUCCCUGUCAACCUCUUCCCCUCUCUCUCUACCAACCACCCCCAUCCGUCCCAACCCCCUCUCCCCUCUCUGCCUGCAUGCCCUCCCCCAUCCCUGCCUAGCUUCCCUCAAACCCCUCUGCCAUCCUACCCCCGCAUCUCCCGACUCCCGACCCUGCCAACCUCCCUUCCUCCCCAUCCAUUGGGGAUGGUGGUUACCUAAAGAGGCGGCAGCAUGCCGGACAGUUGCCCCCCCUCCUCCCUCUCUUUGUCAACGGCCCUUUCCUCGUCUGCCACCACCGGUCCUGCUGCAUCUGCUCUCGCUCUAUCGAUGUGAUACUCGCUUUCAGCUGAGUAAGAAUGUCCCUGCAAGAGGAUUAACGGCCAGGCACACAGGACGUGGUUCACACCCGAUAAGGCCAUUUCUCCUAACACCCUGCCGUCGCUACCUCCCACCUAGCCGUCGCUCUCCCUCCCAUUCCCCGUAUCCUCUCCCUCACUCUCCGCCAUCACCUAUCCCUCCCACUCCGCCAUCGCCUCUUCCUCCCACCUCACAAUCACUCCGUCCCACCCCGCCAUCUCCUCUCCCUUACCUCCCCACCGUUGCCUCUCCCUCCUCCACGCCGUCGCCUCUCCCUCCUCCGCGCCGUCGCCUCUCCCUCCUCCGCGCCGUCGCCUCUCCCUCCUCCGCGGCGUCGCCUCUCCCUCCUCUGCGCAGUCGCCUCUCCCUCCUCCGCGCCGUCGCCUCUCCCUCCUCCCCGCCGUCGCCCUCCCUCCUCCCCGCCGUUGCCUCUCCCUCCUCCCCGCCGUCGCCCUCCCUCCUCCCCGCCGUCGCGCCCGGGGUGCAAGCGCGGAUUGGUGCGCAAGCGCAGAUUGGUGCGCAAUCGCGGGUUGGUGCUUAA